UGAAACAAUAGAAGAAGAUAAUCGGACAGAUGAAGAACUUGUUGGAGAGAUUAUCCAUCGAUUGAAAUGUAAGAAAUACAAUGAAGUAUAUAGUCUGAUAAUUGCUACAACCGAUCAUGUUCUUAAGAAUAUUUAUCGGGAACUGUUUCGAGCAGUUUUUGAGGAAUAUGACGAAGAUUUCAGUGAAACGGGUAUUUCCGAUCCCAUUCUGGAAAGUGCUUUAAUAUUGUUGAAAUCAUAUGGAAAUACUAAAGACAAGCUAUGUGUUCUUCUUGAAUGCUCUGAUCGAGCCAAUUCAUGGAAGGCAUUUAUGAUGCUUGGAAGUUUUAUGGAAGAAAUAAUGCCGGAGAUGGAGGAUUUCAGCGAGCAUUUCGUCUACGACAUUGUAAAACUUUAUAUCCCGUCAUGGAUUGAACGAUUCGAAAAAAGUGUUGCGUUAAAUUAUUCAAACGAUCAGUUAAACAGGGGAUAUUUUUCGAAUCUAGAAGCCGAUUAUUUGGAUCAAAACUACGAUCCAGCAUUGCCAGAUGCAAUUUCUGACCUUUUUUCAGCAGCUAUUUUUAUGUUUUUACGAAUUUUUACUUUAUCGACGAGCACAAACUAUAAAUUACUGGAUGAAUUGUUCAAUAAAGUGUUAGCAUGCACGCAUAUUCAAAGUCAUUAUUUGGAGGUAUUUAUUAUGAAAUUAGAUGAAAUUUAUAAAUUUUCCAAUGAACGAUUACCAUUCAAUACGCUUGUUUUGGUCAAUUCUUUAAAAUCAAGAUAUUAUUCACUUCCUCAAGUAUAUGCACCUGAAUAUUAUCUUAAACUUGCUAUUCGUCCACUUCGUCACUCACUUCAUGUUUCAACUUCAAAUAUGUUCAACAUUGGUUAUGUAGUAUUAGUAUUACGAAAUUGUUUGGUUUCUAUCAAGAAUGAGUCAAUAGGACGAAAUCAAUGCACGAUUUUCGUAGAAUUUCUUGCUGAUUUUUUAAUAUGCUGUGAGGAAUGCACAUUAUGCGAAGUGCGAGUGGUGUGCAUGGAUACUUUCAAAAUGUUCUUAUCGAAAUUUGAACCGGUAGCUCAAUUACUUAUUAUCCGAAAAUUGUUCAGCAUGAUUCGAGAAGGAGAAAUACAGAAGAAAAAUUUUCACAAAAUCAAUGUUGAUGAUGAAAAAUCAUUAAAAUUCGAGCCACAUUUCUUUGCAUGGAUUGUCGAUUUAUUUCGCUCUAAGCUUAAUUACGAGGUGUUUCGUAAAGAACUUGAUUUUUUCUGGGGUGAUAUAAUGACUAUACGUUAUUCAUGUCUCAGCGAUGGAUUACAGUACUAUUUAUCCACCUUCAUAUUUGCUCAGGAACAGGCGCUGCGUAGGAUAAAUCCGGAAUUAAUGCUCAAUAUUUAUAAGCGCUAUCUUCAGCCCUUACAGUUGCAAAUAUCAGACUGGACAGAGUUGGUGAGAGCUGAUGAACGACAGAAAAAUCGUAGACGUUUUAAAGUGCCAGUCAAUCAACAGGCUCUUGAUAUGGAAGGGUUAGAAAGAGAAGCCAUUCGACAGCAGGAUAGACAAGCACUACCGCUGCUUCACUUUCAAUAUUCAGAAACUUUAAACUAUGUUGCAACUUUUCUAAGUAGCGUAAAUAUGCUAUAA